AUGCGAAUUAUCGAAGACCUUCAAGUACCUCGCGAUAGUAACGAAGUUCUCAUCGGCGUCUACCUUACGAGUCUAACCAAUAAGAUGCGUAUCGCCGCAGAAGAAGCGCGAAUACAUCUUCAGGGGUCCCAGAGGCGUCAAAAGGAUCACUACGACCGUUUGGCCCACGGAAGUCCUUACGAAGUAGGUGAUAUCGUUUGGCUUCGGAAUUAUUCCGUUGCCCAGGGAAUGCCGUCUUAG